GGCGCCGGACCGCGGACGUGCGCGCCCGGACCGCCGACCCAGCAGCCAGCCGCUCCCAGAAAAGGUGGCCAUCAAGAUUCUAGACAAGACCAAGUUAGACCAGAAGACACAGAGGCUGCUCUCCCGGGAAAUCUCAAGCAUGGAGAAACUCCACCAUCCCAACAUUAUCCGCCUUUACGAAGUUGUGGAGACCCUGUCCAGGCUGCACCUGGUGAUGGAGUACGCAGGGGGAGGGGAGCUCUUUGGAAAGGUCAGCACUGAGGGGAGGCUCUCUGAACCAGAAAGCAAGCUCAUCUUUGCUCAGAUUGUGUCUGCCGUGAAGCACAUGCAUGAAAACCAAAUUAUUCACAGAGACCUGAAAGCAGAAAAUGUAUUUUAUACCAGUAGCACUUGUGUGAAGGUGGGUGACUUCGGAUUCAGCACAGUGAGUAAAAAGGGCGAAAUGCUGAGCACCUUCUGCGGCUCUCCUCCCUAUGCUGCCCCUGAGCUCUUCCGGGAUGCGCACUAUGUUGGGGUCUAUGUGGACAUCUGGGCCUUGGGAGUGCUUUUGUACUUCAUGGUGACUGGCACAAUGCCAUUUCGGGCAGAGACAGUGGCUAAACUGAAGAAGAGCAUCCUUGAGGGCACCUAUAGUGUGCCCUCACACGUGUCGGAGUCCUGCCAGAGGCUGAUCCGAGGGGUCCUUCAGCCUGUACCCACAGACAGGUAUGGGGUCAACUGUAUCAUGAACAACGAGUGGAUGCGAGGAGCGCCCUACCCUGUGCCUUUGGAACCUUUCCAACUGGACCCUCACCAUUUGUCAGAAACCAGCAUGCUCAAAGAAGAAGAACACGAGGUGAAAAGCACUUUGGAACAUUUGGGCAUAACAGAAGAGCACAUCCGAAAUAACCCAGGGAGAGAUGCGCGAAGCUCAGUCACUGGGGUCUACCGGAUCGUUUUACAUCGCGUGCACCGGAAAAGAGCUUCAGAAAGUGUGCCAGUGACGACACUACCAGAGCCUAAGGAAAGAGACCUAAAGAAAGGAUCCCGUGUCUGCAAAGGCAUAAGACAUACCUCCAAAUUUUGUUCCAUUUUAUAAAUGACAUCUGCUGGUAAUCAGCUGAGAUCAAAGCUGCUGAGUUUAUGUUUUAUUUUUUUCAUGAAUAACUUGGAUGGAGACAUUUUUGUAAUUUUUAAAUAAAUUUAACUUUGAGAUAUGAA